AUGAUGCAAUGUAUUCAGAUCACAGCCGUGUCCACAGAAGCUGAUGUAAUGAGGGCCAUUAGAGCCCCUCCCCCCCUCUCCGACUACAGCCAGUUAUUGCCUGCUUGCCAGGUUUCAGUGCCGAUGAUAGUGAGUGCUAACAAAAAACUCUGUCACUUUAAUUUAAAAGGAAUCAUUUGCAACAGCACGGUUCAAAAACUGUAUUGUGUGACUUCAAGACUGCUGAAUAUAUACGGCUUGGCUGUUCUCGUAACUGCAGUAAUUUGUCCCGUGCUCUUCAUUCUUUUCACAUACAUCAGGAUAGUUAUAGUUUGCUAUAGAAGCAGUCAGGAGGUCAGGAGGAAAGCUGCACAGACCUGUUUACCCCAUCUGCUGGUUCUCAUUAACUUCACUUGUUUGGGUGCUUAUGAUGUACUUUUACUUCGACUUGAAACAGAUUUUCCUAAAACUGUACGUUUAACAAUGUCUUUACAAAUAUUGUUGUUUCAUCCUCUCUUUAAUCCCAUCAUAUAUGGUCUGAAAAUGAAGGAAAUUAAUAGACAGCUGAAGAGAUUGUUCUGCAAACAUGUCUAA